AAAAAAAAAACCCACUAAACCUGACUAUAUAAAGCCAACUUAGGAAGAACAAAAGGAGAAAUUAUUGGAAAAAACCGGAGCUGCGUCCAUUUCACUCUUGACUCGCACAAGCAUUGCUAGUUGCUCGCUGAGCAGCAACUUCACUCAUGGUUGGAUGAAAGACAAGAAGUGGAAAAAGAAGGGGAAAACUUUCAGUCAAUUAAAUUAAAAAACAUAAACUUAUGAAGAAAAUGGAGGAUGCAGAGGUUAAGCCAAGUAGUAUGAUAGAUCAAGCUUUUCUCCCUAUUAUUGACUCAUCAGGAGUCUCUGGUUCUGUUGCUUCUACAGAUCCUUCAUCUACCGUUUGUAGAGCUGCCUCACAAGACAAAGAGAAAGACGAGGAAGCUUUCAUGGACCUUUCUGGUUAUAUAUUUUUGUGCAAUAGAGAGACAAAACUCGAUUGUUUCAGAUUUCGUGUUUUUGGGGUUGGUUCAAAUAAAAAGAAAAUGGUAGAAAAGAUUAAACCUGGAACAAAGCUGUUCCUCUUUGAUAUUGAGUUGAGGCUCUUGUAUGGGGUGUAUGAGGCAACAUCCUCUGGAGGAAUAAACUUGGAAGCACAUGCUUUUGGGGGCAAAUUUCCAGCACAGGUGAAAUUUCAAAUUUUUAAGGAGUGUUUUCCCCUGCAAGAAUCUUCUUUCAGUCACGCCAUAAAGUACAAUUAUCGCAGAAAGUUUGAACCCGAAUUAAAUGAUUAUCAAGUGAGGAGUCUAUUAUCCUUAUUUUGUCCCCUGACUGCAUCAGCAACAGCAGCAGUUAUGUCCCACCCAUUGGCACCAUGUUUGGCUAGUGUUGGCUUGCCAAAGAUUAUGCCUGCCUUGGCUGUGAAAGAUCAGGUUAAGUCGCUGUCGUAUCCUCAGGAAGUGGGUUCAUCAAUGGCCAAUGUUGGCCCACUAAAUACUAAUCCUGCUUUUGCUAAGGAACAUCAGGUCAAGUAUAUGUCAUUACCCAUCUAUUUUCAGGAUCCAUAUAUUACCAGAAUGCCACACUUUCAUGCUCCACCCAUUAUGGAGCCUCAUAUACUGGUCUCUCAAGUGCAGGAUGAACCCAAGCACCAGCCUCGUUUGUCAACUGCUUUUGUCAAUGAGCAAAAUACUGGUGAUGCUGUAGAAAUUGAUCCAUCUGAGGACACCCAAGAUGAAUCUGACCGACAGGAUGAUAUUUCUGGUUUUAUAUUCAUGUGUGGUAGAAAUACAAAACAUGAUUGUUACAGAUUCCGUGUUUUUGGGCUUCCUUUGAACAAACAAGAAAGGAUAAAAAAGAUUAAGCCGGGGGCAAAGCUUUUCCUGUUUGAUUUCGAAGCGAAACUUCUGUAUGGUGUAUAUGAGGCAACAUCCACUGGAAUAAUGAACUUGGAACCACUUGCUUUUGGAGGCAAAUUUCCAGCACAGGUGAAAUUUCGAAUUUUUAAGGAAUGUCUUCCCCUGCCAGAACCCUCUCUCAGACACGCUAUAAAGGACAAUUAUCGUGACAGAAAGUUUGAACCCGAAUUAAAUGAUCAUCAAGUGAGGAGUUUAUUAUCUAUAUUUCGUCCCCUACCUGCAUCAGUAACAGCAACAGCGGUGCACCAUCCACUGGAAAAAGUGGGCCAGUCUUUUGCUAAUGUUGACAUGCCAAAAAUUACACCCACUUGGGCUAUGGAAGAUCGGGUUAAGUUGCUGUCCUGUCCCCAGGCAAAAGUGGGUUCAUCAUUGGCCAAUCUUCCACCACCAAACACAGUUCCUGCUUUGUAUAUGGAACAUCAUUCUAAGUAUUCCUCGAUGCCCACUUCUGUGGAGAAUCCAUAUAUGACCAGAAUGCAGCACGUUCAUCCUCCACCCAUUGUGGAAUCUCAACGAGUCUAUGAACUUCAAAGUGCUCAGCGUGGAUGGCCUAGAACCACGAGCUUCAUGGAGAGUGCUCUUACAGUUGGAGAACCUAAACAGUUGACUGCUCCCAGUAAUGCAUAUUCACAUCAAUCAUAUGUCACUCAAGGCAUUUCAACUGAUAUAUGGAAUCCAUAUCACAGGUAUGAAUCAAUGCAAAGUGGGGUUGUGUCGCAGCCACAUCUCAUGGAGCUAAAUGACAGGAAUUACCAAUUGUACUCAGGAGUAGAGCGAGGAAUGCUGCCACCUCACGAGAGUAGUGCUACACACAACUGCUUCUCUGGCCCUUCAGCUCCUCCUGUUCUGCAGCAAUAUGCUUCAUCAGAAGCUGCAAUACUGGAAGGGACUUCUUCCAUGUCAUACCAGCGUUCCCUUAUAAGACGUUAUGGGUAGACUUUUGAUGAUUAGGUUGUUAUCGGAAUGAUAUGCAUGUAAAAGAAUAUCACCAAUAGUCUCAACUCUCUUUCUGAAGACAUCUGUUGUGCCCUGGAGGCAAAAUGUAGAUUACUUUUAGGAAGCUGGCCCUCUCUGUCUAAAAACUAAUAUUAUCAGUUGUGUGGCUAGUAGUGGUAAACUUGUAAUUUGCUUUAUUCAUCUUCUGGUCUGAUUUGAGGUUGGUA